CGAGUCACAAUAGGCAGUAGUGAUCAAGAAGGAAAAAACCCGUCUUGGCUCUGUCUUGAAAGCAAUUCUAUUAAUUCCUGUGGAAAACGAUUUCCCGGAAAAUGCAGACUCCCGAUGACAUUCGGAACCUGCCCAUCGACAUCACAUUUUCUCGUCUCGGAGAAUGGUUGGUCGAUCGGAAGCGAAUUCCGGCUGAUUGGCGAAAACGCUUGGCGGCCAUAAGGGCUCGGAUUUCCAAGGAGUUCUCGGGGCUUCCUAAGGAUAUCGAUCCCUAUAUCCAAACCCUCGACGCCGAAGGGAUUGGUUACUUGGAGUCCAAAAAACUAUAUGAUAUUCUAUUAAAGUCAACUCCAGAAAGCCGGAAUAUAUUUGGUCGGCUAUCAGGUGCUGCUGGUUCUUGGGAGGCGAUUGUGCGUUCUUUUGAGAAGGAUCAUAUCUACCUUGGGGAGGCUGCUCAAAUAAUGGUUCAAAAUGUAAACUAUGAAAUACCAUAUCAGAAAAAACAGGUGCAAAAGAUCCAGCAACAACUAUCGGAGCUGGAGCGCAAGGAAGCCGAUAUAAAAAGAAGUUCAGCUCUAUCAGCAACUAAGUACGUUGAGGCUUGUCAAGAGCUUGGAUUGCAGGGAAAAGAUGUGAGAUUAGAACUUUUAGAGACAGCAAAAUCGCUUCCAAGCACAUUCAGCAGGAUUUUGGAAGCUAUAAAUAGUGAUUCUACAUCACAGGCUAUGGAGUACUACUACAGCUUUGUGAGAGAUGCUCACACAGAAAAGGAUAAAUCUUUGUCAAUUGUGUUACCUAACUUGAGGGACAUACGUGAACAUCCACCGUCUUUGCAUGUUUAUGUGGGCUCUGAGUUUGUUACCUCUGUGGAUACUCAAUCAAGCUCAGACCUUGUGAGAGGGAAUGUGGAUGUUGCUGCAGAUAAUAUUGACUGGGAUAUUUCAGUUGACAGUUCUCAGAUUGAUUGGGAUAUUGGUACCAUGGAAGAAACAGAUGAUAAUGGCAAUGGUUUGGGUCCUUACGAGAUUAUUACUGCCAGUGAUAUUUCGCAGAACUCUUCACCAAAUGAAGGUGUGGAAUCUGAUCAAACCUUAUUAGAUAAGGAAGGUGGUCUACACCCAGAAAUUACCGUGUCAGAGAUAUCUUGGGAUGUUAGUGUUGAGACCCCUCAAGUUGAUGUGAUUGAUGAUGUCAGCUUGCCAAAUGUAGGCCUGGACAACGAGACAUCUGUUUCAACUUUUUCAUCUCAAACACCACAAAUGAAGGAAGAGAGGAGCAAGCUUUUAGAGACAGAGUACAGGAACAAGAUUCUCGAUGAUCUGUAUGAGAUCAAAGCAUUUCUAAAUCAGAGAUUGGCAGAGUUAAAGAACGAAGAGACUUUGUCCUUUCAACAUCAAGUCCAGGCAGUUGCUCCAUACGUGCUGCAGCAGUACAGUCCUGAUGCCAUUGAGGCAAUGCUAUUGGAUCUUUCCUCAGCUAUUUCCUUGCUGACGAAUAGGAAAACAAGGGACUUGAUCAUGAUCCUCAACUCUAAAAGAUUUUUAGACAGACUGGUAACUACAUUAGAGGAAAAGAAGCAUCGCGAAGUUAAGUUAAAAGAGGGAUUGAUAGACUUGGCUACCAAACGCAUGGAGCUGCACAAUUCAUUAGCCUCUUCUUGGCCAAAGCAAGAAGCGGCUCUUUCAAAAACCAGAGAGUUGAAGAAGCUGUGCGAGGGUGCACUGUCCUCUAUGUUCGAAGGAAGGCCUGUUAAUAUUAUCGGUGAGAUCAACACCCUUUUGACUAGUGGCCUUGGGGCUUGAAUACUAAGAAGUUUAGCUUUUGGCAACAAUGAAACCUUCGGUUAGGAAGUGGAUAGAUCAACUGGCACUCCUUUGAUCGUUUCGAUAUUAAAAACUGAGAUAUUUUGAUGCUGAAUAA